CUGGGCUGUGUUUGCUUUGAGUCCAGCUAUGGUGUCUCAAAUUGAAUUGGAAAGAUCAAGUUCUCUUCAAACGUUUUUGAGCGAGGAGGGUCUUGUAGCUUCUCCAGAAGAAGAACUGAGGAUGAGGAAUGUCAUUGACAAGCUUAAAGAGAUACUGAUGAUAUGGAUUAAAAGAGUUGCUUAUCAACGUAGGCUGCCGCUAAAUCAGAUUAAAGCUGCUUCUGCAACCUUAUUACUGUAUGGAUUGUAUGGUCUUGGUGUUUAUAAUGUGGAGUCCGACAUCGAUGUACUUUGUGUUGCCCCUUGUUUUGCUUCUAUGACAGAGGAUUUUUUCAUAGUUUUGUACAACAUGCUUGCAGGGAGACCAGAAGUUUCUGUUAUCCAUUGUGUCAAGGAUGCGAAGGUUCCUUUAUUGCAGUUCACGUUUGAAGGAAUCUUGAUCGACUUAGCUUUUGCUAAACUUCCAGUUACAGUUGUUCCUGAGAAUGUGGACAUAUCCAACCCCUCGUCCAUUGAGGAUAUCGAUGAAACAAGCUGGAAGAGUUUGUCUGGAGUGUGGGUUAAGAAUAGCAUCCUGCAGCUUGUUCCAGAUGUGAAGAUAUUCAGGGAACAAUUAUGCUGUGUUAAGUCAUGGGCAAAGAGGAGAGGGGUGUAUGGUGACUUAUUUGGGUUCUUUGGGGACAUACACUUGGCUGUUUUAGCUGCUUUUAUUUGUCAAAAGAACCCAAGUGCCAGUUUGGUCGAUCUGGUUUCAAUCUUCUUUAAGACAUUUGCCUUUUGGCCUUGGCCAGAACCAGUUGUUCUACAAGAAGGAGCAACACUGCCACCUCUUCCGCCUGGUACACGAACUUUGAUGCCUAUUCAGUUGCCGAGCAGCCCAAAUGAGUAUUGUCGUUCAAACAUGACUACUAGUACCUUCAACAAGAUCAGAGCUGAAUUCCGUCGAGGAUAUCGUCAGACUCAGGAUGCUUUGAAGCCACAAUUUGAGUGGAGAAACCUCUUCGAGUCAUUUCCUUACUCAAAGAGUUGCCUUCGGUUUGUAAAAGUAUGUCUUUCAACUUAUAACAAGGAUGAGCUUGGGAUGUGGGUACACUGGGUAAAAUCACGCAUCCGCUGUCUUCUACUUAAGUUGGAGGAGUUGCAGGCCUUAUGUGAUCCAAACCCUACAGAAUACAUUGACUUGAGCAUACCGGUGCCAAACGUUGUUUUCUACUGGGGUUUAGUUCCCGGAAGGGGGAAUAAUUUGAACCCAAACGCCGCAAGAGAAGAGUUUAUGAAGAAUCUGAGUAUCGGGUAUCAAGGUAACUUGGGACGUAUGACACUAACCAUAAUUCAAGCAUCUCAACUACCAAACAUUUUGCAGCUUGCAGAUGCUCAUAUAAAAGCAUAUCUGAGGUUGACAAACCUUAAGCAAAUGAUACCGGUCUACUCAAAACACUCGCCUUCUUACGUAGUCGGGUAUCUGGCGACUGACGGAAAUCAUGCCAUUGGUUGGAUGGAUUAAUGUCCUUUACAAGUUUUGGGCUGUUGUUUGUUUUCACUUUCAUAAGAGAGUAGAAAAUAGGAUUGCAUUUAUGUGAGGUGGAAUAUGAUACAAAAACUAAAUAUAGAUUUGUUUGUCAAGAUAGAUGGAGGAUGAUGUUCCAAAAUCAAACGAUUUAAUUA